ACAGGGCGACAAAGGAGACGCGAAGGAAACCAGACCCGAGCGACCGACGGGCGGAGAGAGGAGACGAAAGCGAGGGGGCGUGACUGCUGACUGGAGCGUGGAGAGGCAAACCCCACCCCGACGAACGCCGACGAACGCCAUUGUGAGGGGAGAGAGAAGAGGAAGGAGCAGAUCUAUGGGCAACUGCAGGAGCUCAUCUUGUGCACUCCUAGGAAAGGCCCAUGUUGUUCCGGAUACAGAAUGGAGGAUUCAGGACUUUGGAAAGACCCAUGUUCCUAGUUUUGAAUGGAGGAUUCAGGACUUCUCGUCACUGCUUAAGACUGGAGCUAAGAGAGCAACAUCUGGUGCUUUUCACUGCUCUGGGUAUAACUGGUUCCUGCAAGUGAUUCCAAUGCAUAAAGAAGCUGGUUCUGAAACUCCAUAUGUUGCUCUUCGUCUUGUGCCAUCCCAGCUAAGCUUGGUGCCAGGUCACACGGUGCACGCGGUGUAUGAGUUGUCAAUAUACAACCAUUCAAAAGGAAUGUACUGUGGAUGCAAAGCUAGCUACAACUUUGAUUUCAAGAAUACCUACUCGAAGGAGCAGUGCUUGAUUCCUCUUCACGAGCUACUGAAAUCAUCUGCUUUUCUAGUUGAUGAUAGCUGUGUCUUUGCUGUGGAGAUAUUAAAGAUUGAUGUCUCCUCUCCUGAAAAGAAAGCUGUUGUGGUUCAGAAGAAGGCUACCAUAGUUCAGAACCUAUUUGUCCAGAAGAAGGGAUUCGCCAAAGGAACAUACACUUGGACCAUGAACAAUUUCCUUGAAUUGGACUUGAAGCACUUUGCCAAAUCUCCUACAUUUGAAGUUGGCGGACAUAAAUGGUACAUUGGCAUGUAUCCCCGUGGUGACAAGUACAGCACUGAUUGCCUCAGCUUGUACUUAUUCCUGGAUGCCUCGGAUGAGCACCAUCUCGAGUCCAAGAAGGUGGUUAUAAUGACUAUGUCCAUCUUAGACCAAAAGAAUGGGAAACACUUCACUGGGACUUCAGAUCUCUGGGUUUGUGGAGAAUCAUGGGGAUGGCCUAACUUCUUUGGACUAAAGAAUUUCAAGGACCCGUCGGGAGGCUAUGUUGUAGGAUCCAGCUGCAUUGUGAAGGCAGAUCUCACUAUCGUUGGUUCAUCCAAUGAUGGCUAGAUCUUUACCGCAUGGCCUGAUGAAGAGAUAAUGCCCUUUCAUCCUAUUAUAACUAGACUUAAUAUAUACUCCGUAUGAGAUAAUGUCGUGGUAGCACCGCAGAAAACUUGUGGGAUGAUCAGUAGUAAUGAGCCAGACUUGACAAAUAAGAUGAUUUCACGCAUAUAUUUCUAGGUAUAUGUAUCAGUCAGAAAUAUGUACUAUGUUAGUACUUCACGGAAUGAUGCCAUUAAGGCCCUGUUUGGAA